AUUUUCAAAAAACAAGGUCAAAUAUUGUAAAUCAAUUAAUUGAGCAUAUAAAAUUAACUAAAUUUUUUUAAUUUAUUAUUUAUUUAAUUAAAAAAAUAAAUCUAAAAUAUUGAAGUUAAAAAUUAUUGUCGGUAAGAGAACAUUUGACGUUAGCCAGUAAAAUUUUGAUUAUUAUUGUUGAUUGAUCAUCAUCAUCAUCAACAUCAUCAUCUGGAACCAACUAAAAAACAAAUCAAGUUGUAAACAGCUAGGUGCCCUUGAACUUCAAUCACAAAAAAAAUAUUGUGUAUUUGAUGAAUAAUAAAUACAAAUGUCAAUCUUAAAAAGAGGGGCAAUAUUGACAUAUAAAAAAAAAACACAAGUGUGUGGUUGCGCGGUGAAAACUUUGAGUGGAAAAAAAAUAACACACGUAUUCACACACAAAAAAUAAACAAUUACUCUGUCGAAAAAAUAAAGUUUUGAUUAAGUGAUAAAUCAAAAUAAUAAAGCAACAAAAAAAUACUGUAAUCAUGUCUAGCAUGAAAACCAUCUGGGCAUGUACCCUGAGCCCAAGAUUAUAUAAGGUUCAUGAAGCACUAUGGAAAACUUAUGAGCCAAACAACUUUGAAAGAUGGGGUGAUUACGUGGUGAAUUCAUUUUCAGCAAUUUGGUCAGUAGGAAUUUACACACUUCCAUUAAUUGCAGCAUUAAUGUAUCGUCGUAAUAACACCAUGACUGAUAACAUGUACACAAUGUCAAAAUAUGCAGCAAGUGCAGGUUUUAUUUUUAUAACAUCACUUGCUGUUCGUGGUUGUGCUCGUUCAACAAAUCCAAUGUACAUAAAAUUCAUAAAAACAUUAACAAAAGCUCAUGAAUCAUAUACAUAUGAAUCAAAACAACAACUUCAAAAAUAUGAUUUUGAAUUUUGGGCAUGGCCAGUUGAUUAUAAAGUUUUAUCAAAUAAUUUAUUAGAUGGUAAACCACGUGUUACAAUAAAUAAUUCAAAAAGAUAUUGUGAUAAUUAUAUAAUUGCUGUACCAUGUAAAAUAUUAUCUUAUUUACUUGCAAAUACAAUUGCAAUUAAAAUGAUGUAUCCAGGUAGUACAUCAAUUGUUAAUAUGUUAAUGAAAAGUACAAUGUUACAAGGUAGAAUUGAUUUAAUUGAUCGUGGUGGUGAACGUUCAAAGUUAUUAACAUUUAAUAAUAAUACAAUUGAUACAAUAUUUAUUGAUAAACGUCACAAAAGUAAAAAUGGACAUAUAUUAGUUAUAACAUGUGAGGGUAAUUGUGGUUUUUAUGAAGCUGGAAUAAUGUCAACACCACUUGCUAAAGAUUACUCAAUUGUUGGAUGGAAUCAUCCUGGUUUUGGUGGCAGUACUGGUACACCAUUUCCCGAACAAGAAAUUGAUGCAAUUGAUGCUGUUAUUAAAUAUUCAAUUGAUAAAUUAAAUUUUACUGUUGAUAAUAUUAUACUCAAUGGCUGGAGCAUUGGUGGUUUUACAUCAACAUGGGCUGCUAUGAAUUAUCAAAAUUUACAUGGUUUAAUACUUGAUGCAACAUUUGAUGAUGUAUUGUAUUUGGCUAAAAAUACAAUGCCAAAAGCACUUGAUGCUAUUGUUAAAAAUCUCAUUAGAGAAUAUUUAAAUUUAAAUAUUGCUGAACAGUUGAAAAAAUAUAAUGGUAGAGUAUUGUUGAUAAGAAGAACAGAUGAUGAAAUUAUGUGUACACCUGCUGGUAGUUUGGCUCAUAAUCGUGCUAAUUAUUUACUUAUUAAAUUGUUGAUUCAUCGUUAUCCAAAGCUAUUUGAAAAUACAGAUAAUAAAAGUGUUGAUGUUUUAAAAAAAUAUUUAUCAAUGCCAACUCAUGAUUCAAAUGGUAAAACAACUAAAAGUUUGGCUGCUAGAACACAAGGAUUAUUUAGUGAUGGUAUUCCACUUGUUGAAGAUAUUUGUUUAUCAAAAAUAAUGAAAGACAUUGAAAAUAAUAAUGGCCAAGUUAAAUAUCCAUCAACACUUGGUGAUAAUUGUGAUUCAAUUUCAAAACAACAUCUUGUUGUUUAUUUGGCAAAUAAAUACAUGGAAGAUCAAGCAUCUCAACAUUGUGUUCCUCUUGCUGUUGAAUUAUUUCAUCGUGGCUGGGAUCCACGUACAAAUCAAUCAACACUUUAAUUUAAUUAACGCACUUAGUUAUCAUUUCUUUUUUUUAUUAAAUCAAUUGUACACAAAUAUAACUUCAAACAAAAUGGGUGAGCAGCAUUAUCAAUACAUACUAUUAAUAAUUUAUUAGUCUUAUUUAUUUAUCUUUUUUUUUUCAUCAACUUUGAAAUAACAAUAAUUUUUAUAAUUAUUCAGUAAAAUGAUACAAUUGUAUUUUCAAUCUUUGAAAUAUAUAAAGAGAAAAAAAAAAAAUA